AUGAGUUCAGACGAGAAGGGCAUAUCCCCUGCUCAUAAAACAUCCACUCCGACCCAUAGAAGUGCCUCCUCUUCAACAUCCUCUCAGAGGGAAAGCAGGCAGAGUAUCCAUGUUUUGGAGAGAACAGCUUCAUCGGGCACAGAGCCCUCUGUCAGUCGGCAACUGCUAGAGCCUGAGCCCAUCCCCCUCUCCAAGGAAGCUGACAGCUGGGAAAUUAUAGAGGGGCUGAAAAUAGGCCAAACCAAUGUCCAGAAACCAGACAGGCACGAGGGAUUUAUGCUGAAGAAAAGAAAAUGGCCUUUAAAGGGCUGGCACAAGCGCUUUUUUGUCCUGGAUAAUGGAAUGUUAAAGUAUUCAAAGGCACCACUUGAUAUCCAAAAGGGGAAGGUCCAUGGGAGCAUAGAUGUUGGACUGUCUGUCAUGUCGAUUAAAAAGAAAGCUCGGCGAAUAGACCUUGACACGGAGGAGCACAUCUAUCAUUUGAAGGUGAAAUCCCAGGACUGGUUUGAUGCUUGGGUCUCCAAACUGCGCCAUCACCGCUUGUACCGUCAGAAUGAAAUCGUGCGAUCACCAAGGGAUGCAAGUUUCCACAUAUUCCCUGCAACUUCAACAGCUGAGUCUUCCCCAGCUGCUAACGUUUCUGUUGUGGAUGGAAAGAUGCAGCCCAACAGUUUUCCAUGGCAGUCCCCUUUACCAUGCAGUAACAGUCUCCCAGCAACCUGCACAACGGGGCAGAGUAAAGUGGCAGCCUGGCUGCAGGACUCGGAAGAAAUGGACAGGUGUGCAGAAGAUCUUGCACACUGUCAGUCAAACCUUGUGGAACUUAGCAAGCUCCUGCAAAACCUGGAGAUACUUCAGAGGACUCAGUCAGCACCUAACUUCACUGACAUGCAGGCUAACUGUGUAGACAUUUCAAAGAAAGACAAGCGGGUCACAAGACGUUGGAGAACAAAAAGUGUCAGCAAAGAUACAAAAAUACAACUGCAGGAAGGGCCACCUGCGAAGGGCCAGUUCAACACAACUCGGCGCCGGCAGAGGCUAGCAGCGGCAGUGGCUACAACAGUUCCCUUCAGUGCCACCAUGUCACCAGUGCGUCUGCAUUCCUCCAACCCCAACCUUUGUGCAGAUAUUGAGUUUCAGACCCCUCCUAGCCACCUCACCGACCCUCUGGAAAGUUCCACAGAUUAUACAAAGCUACAAGAAGAAUUUUGUCUGAUUGCACAGAAAGUGCAUUCUCUUUUGAAGUCUGCAUUUAACAGCAUAGCGAUAGAGAAGGAGAAGCUGAAACAGAUGGUUUCUGAACAAGACCAUAACAAAGGCCAUAGCACACAGAUGGCCAGGCUCCGACAGUCACUGUCACAGAGUGAAGGAGCCAGCAAAUCCUGGGCACUCAACCAGAAUGCUGAGCUCAGGAGUCGGCUGAACAGAAUACACUCAGAGUCUAUCAUUUGUGAUCAGGUUGUCAGUGUAAAUAUUAUCCCUAGCCCUGAUGAGGCUAGUGAGCAAAUCCAUGUCAACCUCCCUCUGUCACAGCAGGUGGCCAAUGAGAGCCGCCUCUCCAUGUCAGAAUCUGUAUCAGAGUUCUUCGAUGCGCAAGAGGUGCUCCUGUCUGCAAGCUCAUCAGAGAAUGAGGCCUCUGAUGACGAGUCCUACAUCAGCGACGUGAGUGAUAACAUAUCUGAAGACAACACCAGUGUGGCGGACAAUAUUUCUCGGCAAAUCCUGAAUGGGGAACUCACAGGAGGUGCCUUCAGGAAUGGCCGCCGCACGUGCCUGCCUGCUCCUUGCCCUGACACCAGUAACAUUAACCUGUGGAAUAUCUUGAGAAACAACAUUGGCAAAGACCUGUCAAAGGUCUCCAUGCCUGUGGAGCUGAACGAGCCACUCAACACUCUGCAGCACCUCUGUGAAGAAAUGGAGUACAGCGAGCUCCUGGACAAGGCCUCGGAGACGGAUGACCCCUACGAGAGGAUGGUUCUCGUUGCUGCAUUUGCAGUCUCAGGGUAUUGCUCCACCUACUUCAGAGCAGGAAGUAAACCAUUCAAUCCCGUCCUGGGGGAGACCUACGAAUGCAUAAGAGAAGAUAAGGGGUUCCGAUUCUUCUCAGAACAAGUAAGUGAACAUCCACCCAUUUCUGCCUGUCACUGUGAAUCGAAGAACUUUGUGUUCUGGCAAGAUAUCAGAUGGAAAAAUAAGUUCUGGGGCAAGUCGAUGGAAAUCCUGCCUGUUGGAACCCUGAAUGUUACGCUUCCAAAGUAUGGAGAUUACUAUGUGUGGAAUAAAGUCACCACAUGCAUCCACAAUAUCCUCAGUGGGAGAAGAUGGAUCGAGCAUUAUGGUGAAGUGACCAUUAGAAAUACCAAAAGCAGCGUUUGCAUUUGCAAACUCACAUUUGUCAAGGUGAAUUACUGGAACUCCAAUGUGAAUGAAGUCCAGGGGGUGGUGAUAGACCAGGAGGGGAAAGUGGUGCACCGGCUGUUUGGGAAGUGGCAUGAAGGGCUCUACUGCGGGGUGGCUCCCUCUGCAAAGUGCAUUUGGAGACCAGGUUCUCUGCCAACCAACUACGAGCUCUACUAUGGCUUCACAAGGUUUGCGGUGGAGCUCAAUGAGUUGGAUCCUGUCCUGAAGGACCUCCUUCCUCCCACAGAUGCUCGAUUCCGGCCAGAUCAAAGAUUUUUGGAAGAAGGAAACUUAGAAGCCGCAGCAGCAGAAAAACAAAGAGUUGAGGAACUCCAAAGAUCUCGAAGACGAUACAUGGAGGAAAACAACCUUGAACAUAUACCAAAAUUUUUUAAAAAAGUUAUUGAUGCAAAUCAAAGAGAAGCCUGGGUUUCUAAUGACACCUACUGGGAGCUUCGGAAGGACCCUGGGUUUAGCAAAGUAGACAGCCCUGUUCUUUGGUAA